AUGCUCAGCAGACUUUUAACCUCUUUGACAAGAAAGGAGAUGGAACAGUGUGCACGUGUCUAGUAUCAAAUUUCAAAGCCGCUGGAUUCAUUAGGUGGGAACAGUUCAAGCCCAUCUUUGAGCAGAAAUUGAAAGAGGAUGAGGACGAGAGGGAACUCAAGGAGGCAUUCCGUGUUUUGGACAAACACAACAAGGGUGUUAUCGCUGUAGAGGAUUUGAGGUGGAUUCUGAGGUCUUUGGGCGAUGAUUUGACAGACGACGAAAUCGAGGAUAUGAUCAACGAGACCGACACAGACGGAAGUGGAACAGUAGAUUAUGAAGAAUUCAGAAACUUGAUGUGCUCAAACUGA